CUAGUAGCUCUUAGUUUUAUUGGUCUCUUGAGCAUUGGAUUAGGCAAUGCUGCAAGGGUGACUAGAUAUGCUAGUACCUACGGAACGGGCUAUGGAGGAGGGGAGGGCGGGGGUGAAGUGAGUGGUGCUGGCUCAGGUUCUGGAGCUGGGUCUGGGUCUGGCCAGAGUUCUAGCAGUGGUGUACAUGCAAACGGUGCCGGUGGAGGCGGAGGGGGUGGUAGUAGCCAAUAUGGUGGCAGUGGUUCUGGGAGGGCAUCAGGUCUCGGUGCAGGCUAUGGUCAGUAUAGUGAAGGAAGAAAUGGUGAUGUUGGUGGAUUUUCUAGCACCGGCGGUACCGGCGGUGGCGAUGGUGGAGGACAAGCGAGCGGGGGUCAAGGAUCUAGUGGCCAUGGAUCGGGCAAAGGUGUUGCAUCCGGCUCUAGCGACGCCACUAAUAACUACUACACUGGAAACAGUAAUGCAGAGGCACAUGCUAAUACCAUCGGUAGUGGCAGUGGAUAUGGCACAAAUGGUGGUAGCGCUGGCGGUACCGGUGCUGGAUCUGCGUUUGCCGAUGCCAAUCCUUAA